CGGUCUCGUCCGCUCCAUGCUCAAACACAGAGCUAUUCUGGAUACGAUACUGCAUACGGAGAACAGCAGCCGGCAGGAGCACCAGCAGGAAUGCGUACUACGGGCUUCUGGGCGCUCACAUAUUCGGCCGAUGGCGAGGAGCAGCCUGUUAACAGCGACAGGGAGCUCGCCCCGCCUCCCCUAGGCUGGUAUAACGCGAGGGCGAGGCCCGAACGAGGACGAGCACAAGGGAUGCCACCACCACCACCACCCGGGCCCUCUCUUCCUGUUCUCAGCACCCACACCUACCUCCGAGACCAAGAACCGGGACCGCUGAGGCCCGACCACAUCCUCGACCCGUUCCGUUAUCUUGUGCGCAAUGCGCCGGACGAUAGGCGGGAUGCCGCACUAAGACGCUUCAGACCGCCGCCACUAGGGAGGCUGGAGGACGCAGCAACGGCUAAGUGCACGACAUGCGGGGACGAGCUGUUCCUGAUAGUGUCGUGCGGGUGCAAGUACUGCGGCGAUUGCCUGCGGAGCAUGUUCAGGGUGGCGUGCUCUCGCGAGGCGUUGUUCCCGCCCAAGUGCUGCGACACCGCGAUCCCCGUCAUCGAGGCUAUUAUGCACGAGGUCCUCGGCUGCGACCUCGUGAACAGAUUCAUGCAGCGGAGCCGCGAGUGGGCCAUCCCGGCCGACCAGCGCCGGUACUGCAGCGACCCCAAGUGCUCCAACGUGCUCAACACCGCCGACGCUCUCAACGCCCCCGACGGCAGCUCUACCGCCACCUGUCACUCCUGCGGCACCCGGACUUGCGUCCGCUGCCUCGGCGCCGCCCACCUAGACCAGCUCGUCUGUCCCAUCGACAAAAAGACCGAGCAGGUCAAGGGGCUGAUGCAGAGGAAUGCCUGGAAGCAGUGCAGCAAGUGCGGGCAGGCUGUGGAGCGUGCCAACGGCUGCAGACACAUGAUAUGCCUAUGCGGCCACGAGUUCUGCUACCGCUGUGAGGGGCCGUGGGAGGUCUGCGCGGUUACUCCUAGAUGUGUCAAGUGUCCAGACUACGGCGACCGCACCUACAGCCCUGACAUUUUUGCUAACUAACAUGCCAAGUUUUAGCUUCGCGAUCUGGAGUCAGGUCGCUAACAGCAACGAGAGCGAGAGAGAGACGGAGAAUGAGUGAGACAAGAGAAUUAUGGACGGACAGAAGACCAGAGAGACAGGGACGACAGAGACGACAGAGACGGACGGGCGGACAGAUGGAGAGAAUGAGCAAAGACAGGUGAUGCAUAGGAUCCUAUGUUUGUUUUGUUUCUUGUACU